AUGGUAGAACCGGUCAGCCGCGGCGAUCUCGUCAGCGAUUUUGAUCCCGAUUAUCCGCCGCUCUGCUACGCCUGCGACGAUGCAAAACGGCAAGGUGGCAUUGUGCUAUGGUGCCACAACGGAAUCGGGAUGGAGGCACCGGUCGCAGCGGCACUGGGCAAGCUAGAUGCUUUUAACCUCUUCGACCCAUUCUGGGCGGAUCCAGAGUAUGACAUCUGGUAUCACUUGCUUAACUGCGGCAUUUCGCUGCCAGCAUCAACUGGAACCGAUUGGUUUAUCUGCUCAAACAAUCGCGUCUAUGUCCAAACAGACCAAGAAUUCACCUACGAGAACUGGUUGCGGGGGUUGCAGGGGGGAAAUACAUUCAUCACGAACGGACCAGCGUUAUUUCUCACCGUUGAUGGUACGAUGCCCGGUGGACGAAUUGACUCUCCGAAUGGUGUGCCCCGCAAGCUAUCAGGGGAAAUUUCGUGGCAUUCACACUAUCCGAUUAACCGCGUGGAGCUAGUCCACAACGGCAGCGUUGUGCAACGCAAGGAUUUCAAUGAAGCACCGGAACAGAAUGGUGAGUGGGGAUUCGAUCUCGAAAUCGAAGCAGAUGGAUGGAUUGCCGCACGCGCCUACGGUGAUGCGAGAGAUAGCUUUGCACAGGCGAUAUAUGCACAUACCAGCCCAGUGCAGAUCGGCACAGGACGAUCCCCCCGGCAUCGCACAGGAGUCCGCGGCGUUUUUUGUCCGCUCAAUUGA